UGGUAGCUUCCUAGCAAAUGGCUGCAGGUGAAGGGCUUAUAAGUUGAGAAGCUGAUCAACUUUGAACAGAUUUUGGGUGUGAAUUUGAUUAUGCAGUCUUCAAAAACCAGAAACCCUGCUCCUUUUCUGUCAAAGACUUAUGAUCUGUUAGAAGAGGCUGGAAGCUUCCAUCUUAAAGCAGCAGAUCAAGAGGAGGAAGAAGAAGAAGAAGAAGAAAAUAGGAUUGUGUCCUGGAAUGCAGAGGGAAAUGGGUUCAUAGUUUGGUCUCCUGCGGAAUUCUCUGAGGUUUUGUUGCCUAAGUACUUCAAGCAUAAUAAUUUCUCUAGCUUCAUUCGCCAGCUUAAUACUUACGGGUUCAAGAAGACGUCGCAAAAGAGGUGGGAAUUCAAGCAUGAGAAGUUUCAGAGGGGCAACAAGCAGAUGCUGGGGGAGAUUGUACGUAAGAAAUGUGAGCCUAGUGUGUUUCCAGCCUUUCUAAGAUCUUCUCAUGAAGGAGCUGAAACAAUGGCGGUUGGUCAGAAGAAUGGCGACCAUCUGCAACUAAUGGAAGAGAACAAGAAUCUAAGAAGACGGAAGCUGGAAUUGCAAGCUCGAAUAGCCCGAUUCAAAGCACUUCAUAUUAGAUUACUGGACUGUCUAGAUCAGUGCAUUAAGAAGUAGCCUACAGAGUUUUGCUAAUUAGAAAAUGGGGUUGGUUGUGAAAAUUUGAGAAAGAAAGUAAUACUUUGGGUUAUGCAUUUGCU